UAUCAUUUGUUUACAAGAUCAAACCCCACUUUAAGCCAGCCGUUAGUAAUAAAUAAUUUGAAUUUACUGGCAAGUUCUAAUUACGAUAAUAGGAAAAGAACAAUAGUCCUUAUUCAUGGCUGGAUGAAUUCAGCGACAUCUGAUUUCAACACAGUUCUAAUUCCAGAAUUUCUAUCUGCUGAAGAUGUCAAUGUACUAGUUGUUGAUUGGAGUAGAGGAGCUAGUUCUAUAAGUUAUAGAAUAGCUAACGAAAACUGUAUUCAAUCUGGGAAAGCUGUCGCUGAAUUUAUCGAUUGGCUGAAUCAUCAAACUGGAGCAAAUUUGAAUCAGUAUCAUAUUAUUGGACACGGUCUUGGCGGUCAUCAGGCUGGAAUCGUAGGAAGAAAUUUGAAUGGCCAAGUUGAAUAUAUUACUGGACUUGAUCCAGCUCUUCUAGGAUGGGUUAACAACAUCAAUCGCUUCCAACCACAAGAUGCUAAAUAUACAGAAGUGAUCCACACGAACUAUGGGUUGAACGGUUAUAUUGGAGACCUAGCUCAAGUUGACUUUUACCCUAAUGGUGGAAUAUCCAUGCCCGGUUGCGAUUCUAACGCCUGUGAUCAUGCAAGAAGUUACUUUUACUUUGCAGAGUCUCUGAAAUCAGGAGGUUUCACUGGAAGACAAUGCCACAAUUAUUACGCUGCUGUAUUAGGCCUGUGUGAUUUUCUACCUGGGGCUCUGCAAAUGGGUGGAUUAAGGCCAAAAACUGGGGCUACCGGAGUGUAUCUACUCGACACAAAUGCGACACCACCAUUUUCACAAGGAUAG